AUGGAACCCGAAAAUAAUGUAUUACAAAUCCUGGCUGCCACUGACCUGCCAAAACAGAGAAAGAAUCGUAGGCAAAUUCAUCUUUUCGAUACACCAGAAUUCCAAGCCAAAUUAAAACGUUCUAUUGAAGAAAAUCUGGAAAAGAUAACUCAAGAAGAGGGAUUCGUCUUUCCAACAAACAUUCCUCUCAAAGAUUUAAUUUCCCCUUGUAAGAGGACAAGCGGGAAAAAGGGAAAGGUGACUCGCCCUCAAAACGCAUUCAUUCUUUAUCGUAAAGAUUUACAAACUAGAAUCAGAAAUGAAAAUCCCAACGCGGAUUUUAAAGAUAUUUCCAAAAUCGCAGGAAUUUGGUGGAAAUCGGAAUCCUAUCAAAUUAAAAAUAAUUACACCAUAUUAUCCACCCUUUGCGCUCUCGUUCAUCAAGACUUAUUUCCAAAUUACAAAUAUCAACCGAAACCAAAGGAAAACGAACGUUAUCCCAAACCGUGGGAACCAAUGCCUCAAAUCUUUAAGCACACUCCUGGGAUUUUACAAAAGGGUCCAUUAUCAACGAUUCCAUCAACCGAAAUAAAAUUUUAUGAAGAUACAUCAGCAUCCUCCCAUAUAAUACAAAUUCAACAAGAUAAUUCCGCCGAACCCGAGUAUUAUGACACAACAGACUCAACAUCGACAGAUUACAUCUCCCUGAAAUGUGAAAAUGAACCAUCAUCCGAGAAUAACAUAAUCAUGAUGAAUUAUUUCGAUGAUAACACAAUGAAUACCAGUACACUUUCUUUUGACGGGAAUCAACAUGAAUCCACACCGGAGGAUUCUUCUAAUGAAGAAUUGAAUGAAUUUUUACCAACAACAUCUAUAUUUCCUUUUGAAAUGCAACCAGAGCUAUAUUAUUCAUCAAUCGACGAUUCUCACAUUUAUAACGAUCAACUAACUACCUUACCAUCUUUUAACGAUCAAGGUUCCGUCAACGAUAUUAAUGAUUUAAAUGCUCUUUAUGAAAAUGACUCGUUACAAGCAUAUAAUAUGGAAUUUCUUAACGCAUGGCCAAACGAGCAAUUGAUUAACAACCUUACAAACGUAAAUAAGUAA